CGGGCGGAGGCGGGGAGCGCGGAGCCCGGCGGGGAGCGCGGAGCGCGGCGCGUUUCUACGGCGCCAUGGAGCUGCCCGGGGCGCUGCAGCUGGGCGAGCUGGCGGCCGCCUUCGCCUCGGUGCCCGUCUUCCCGCUCUUCGACGCGGCUUACUUCAUCGUGUCCGUCCUCUACCUCAAGUACGAGCCAGGAGCUGUGGAGAUGUCUCGCAAGAGUCCUUUUGCCUCUUGGCUUUGUGCCAUGCUCCACUGCUUUGGAAGUUACAUCCUCGCUGAUCUGCUGCUCGGAGAGUCACCUAUUCAUUACUUCAGUAACAACUCCAGUGUCAUCCUGGCCACAGCAGUCUGGUAUUUGAUAUUCUUCUGCCCCAUGAACCUCUUCUACAAGUGUGUUAGCUUUCUGCCUGUGAAGCUCAUCUUUGUGGCUAUGAAGGAGGUGGUCAGAGUUCGCAAAAUUGCAGCUGGGGUCCACCAUGCUCAUCACCAGUACCACCACGGCUGGUUCAUUAUGAUGGCUACUGGAUGGGUCAAAGGUUCUGGUGUUGCCUUGAUGUCUAACUUUGAGCAACUGCUGCGUGGGGUCUGGAGGCCAGAAACAAAUGAAAUUCUUCACAUGUCUUUCCCUACAAAAGCCAGUCUGUAUGGCACAGUUCUUUUCACUUUGCAACAAACUCAUUGGCUCCCUGUCUCUGAAGCCAACCUCAUCUUCUUUUUCACCAUGUUUAUGAUAGUUUGCAAGGUUUUCAUGACGGCAACUCAUUCUCACGCCUCACCUUUUGCUCCAGUGGAAGGCUUCAUCUGCCCAGUUUUCUUUGGCUCUGUUUCUAGCGGACACACUAGCCAUCAUAAUCAGCAUGGGCACUCCCACGAGGCUUCCUAUCAGCCACCUCCUCCUGUGAAGUCAAAAGAGGAGCUAAAUGAAGGCACAAGGAAACGAAAAGCAAAAAAAGCUGAAUAAAAGAGCAACCAAACAGUAAACAGGCCAAGACAGUUCCUCCAGAGCUGUGUCUCAAAGCCACCUGCGGCCUCCUUUAUUUUCCAGUCCUCCCACGGGCUUCAGAGGAGAGGUGGAAGUGAAGACACUGCCAGGCAAUUCCCUGAAUUUCAGUUGUGCUCUCUGUGCUACUCCUUGCUUCUUGGUCUCUAUCUCUCUGUUCUGAUCAUAUUUUCAGGGAUUUAUAGAUUUGUGCCAGGAUGAUAAAUGGGUGCCAGUUCCCAACUGUCAGCAAUUAUGAUGCAUCAUCUUUCACUGAGUUUAUUUAUGAAUGGAAGUAAUGGUUUGUGCUCCCACAACUGUUCCUGUGAGUUUUCAUUGACCUUUUUGAUAUCUACCAGAACAACAAACUGUUUAGACACAAUCAAUGUGGAAAUUGGAUUUCAUGCUCGAGGAAAUUAAAUGGUCUGUUAUAAUCCUGAUCUAUUUUUUCCAGCUGCUGCAUCUGCCAUGUCUCCAAAUAACAUGACAUUCUAUAUGCAAUAAGGACAUCAGCUCUGGUGUCCUGGCCAAAUUCUACUCUGAAAUUACAUUUUUCUCAUCCAAGUUCCCUCUGAUUCUUAAUGAAUGGUCACUUUCUUAACUAAGACUUUGUUUGCAAGACCUUUGAAGCUGUAAAAUGCUCUUGAAUGCUAUCUAUUGGUACUGUUAUUAUUUUAAACUGUUUUGUAGUGUUGCUGCUCUGUUAGCAAUUGUGUAUUUCACCUCAAACCUGAUUGUCUUUACUUGGGAAAGAAGCAUGGUUUUGGUUUGUUUGUAAUCCUGUGGGAUAUAAGAAGGGUAUGUGAGUGUAAAUAAGUAUUUAUUAUUAUUUAUUUAUAACUGUCAGGGCACCUAAUUAAUGGACCUGAAACUGCUUUUUAAAUCUUUGCAUCUUUAUAUCAGGAGAAUUGGAUACUAAUAAGUAUGGUCCUAAGCUGUGCUUGAAGCAGUGAUUUUGGUGUGCUGGUGGGCAGCCCGAACACUUCCUGCGCGCAGGAGGAAACAUUUCUUAUAUUCUUAAAGUAAAUUAGAAAGGCUGAAGAAAUAGAUUUCACACCAGCUGAUUAAAAGUACUUUAAUGGACUAAUAAGAGAACGCCAGCUUGAGAAACAGAGUUUCCUUUGUAGGUCCCUUUUUGCCAAACUACUGAUCUGUGCCCAAUGAGGGAGGGAGAAUGUGAAAUGCCUUGCAUGGCUCAGGAAGCAGUCAAUCAGCUUGUUCAUGUUCUGCUUAAUGAAUACUGGCUUUUAGAUUAGUUUGAAGCUGUUCCUGUAACUGAUUUUGUUCUUAAAAGUGUCAUCUUAAGCAUUGUGCCCUGGAAACCUUAACUCAUCUGAGGUGUUUUUUUAUCACUAAUGGCCAGGAUCAUUGCAGUGCUAGAAGUAUGCUUGAGGGUGUAGUACUGGGCUUUCAGCUAAGCAGUGUGUCACCAUCCCUAGCAAUAAGGCUUGCUGCUGUCAAGCCUUUGCUACUUGCAAUGGGGAAUAGAAAUGGAAGGAUUUAAGAACAGUCAUUGCUUGGUUGUUGUUGGUUUUGGUUGUUUUUUUUUUUGGUGUGUGUCCCCUAUUCCAGAAUUGAAACUCUGAUAUUAAUUUUGGAAAAAAGAAUUAUUGUAUACAACCAGAUAAAAGCCAGUAAAAGAGGUCAAAUGAUUUGUGGGUUUGGGUUCUGAAAGUGCCUUAACUUUGUGAGUUUCCCUCCAGCAGAAAACAGCUUCUACCUGACAACAGUCUGGUUUUGCAAAUACUGGUCUACAAAAACCUGGUGUAUCACUGACAUGCAUAUAAAGAAUGGUUUAUGAGAUGUCUGAUUCAAGGGGAAAUUUGUUAUAUAAAAGCCCUUAACAAAAUAAAAAUUGUGAAGUGA